GCCUCUCUUGUUCAUACUCUGGUUAAAUGUGGUGCUCAUUUAGAUGCAACCAAUCGGAAUUCUUUAACUAUCCUCUAUAAACGUUUUCAUCAUGUACUCCUAGAAUCUCGUGUACAAAUCUUGGAUCAUGUGACUUUAGCUUGUCAUGCUGCUCGUGUAGCAAAUCAUUAUGGAUUGACUGCAUCGAAUCCAUCAGUUCAAGCUUAUUUACCGAAUAAUUUAUUAUUUUUCUUACAAAUGCAUCAGUAA